CAACAACCAUUCAUCACCACCAGCCUGCAAGGCUGUGAGAGCCUUACGCUGCAUAACUUGACGUCGCCGAAAGCCGGCUGGGCCUCCACUGGUCUGUUCCCAUUCGCGCCUGGCAUCAGAAUUCCACCCUCAUUUGGACCUCGUCAUCGCGAGUUAUUGGACGGUGAACCUUCUCGCUCGUAGGCCCUUUUGCCUUGCUAGGCGUCUCUCUUGGCUCUUUGUUUGUAACCGUCCUAUCACCAUACGUAGUCUUUCAUGUUUAGCAUCGGGAGACAGUCACGCCCUCGAUAGCUACUUCCGGAACCGAAAAUGGCGGCUUCACCGGAGAAGCUUCUACAGUACUUCACCGCCAUGGAUAACCAAGGCGGGAUUGUGGUUAAAGAUGCCCCCAAGUUCGACCUUGAGACGUACAUCGCAAACUACAAAGGGAGGACGCGCUUCGAUCGACUGCUGCUCAUCGGCCAGAGUUCCGUCGCGCUCUGUGUGGACGCGCUCAAGGCUGCCCUAGCAGAGGCCAAGAAAGGGAGGGACACCGCGCGGUACCGAGAGGCUGCGGAUCUCCUCCGCCAGGCCUCUCCCCGUGAAGCCGAGGCCCUGGUUGAUGCUCAGUGGGCCGAUGCUACCGAAAAGGCAAACAGAGAAGAAACUCGCCGGCUCGAACAAGAACUCAAGGGCUAUAAGAACAACCUUGUGAGGGAGAGUAUCCGGAUGGGUAACGAGGACUUGGGAAAACACCUGGAGGCUAUCGGUGAUCUCCUCGGUGCCGCCGAGGCAUACUCGAGGAUGCGCCCCGACGUCACCACUUCCAAGCAGAUUGUAGAUGUUGGCAAGCAUCUGGUCAACAUCGCCCUCCAGAAACGGGACUGGGCUACUCUGAUUGCGAACCUCAACAAGAUUGCCGCAUUGCAGGGCCAGCUCUCGGACGACACAGGGUUGGACACCUACCUGCGCGCUAUCAACGGCGUCAGCCUCUUGGGCCAGGCCAAGUUCCGCGAGGCCGCCGAGAGUUUCCUCAAGGCCGAUAACCAAGCGCCUUCCGGUCACUACUCCGAGGCGCUCAGUCCCAACGACGUUGCCGUCUACGGCGGUCUUCUGUCACUGGCAACCAUGGGCCGGAAGGAGAUUCAGGCAAGGGUCUUGGAUAACCAGAAUUUCCGACCUUUCCUAGAGCUGGAGCCGCACAUACGACGAGCCAUCACCCUGUUCGUCAACGGCAGGUAUUCCGCGUGCCUUGUCAUCCUCGAGGGCUACCGCGCCGAUUAUCUGCUGGACCUCUACCUCCAGAAGCACGUUCCUUACAUUUACCUCCAGAUUAGGAGCAAGUGCAUCUCGCAGUACUUGAACCCCUUCUCAUGCGUCACACUGGCGUGUCUGAACGAAUCCUUUGCCAUCGAAGGAGAGUCGAUCGAGGACGAACUCGUCGCUAUGAUCAGCAAUGGCACCUUGAACGCUCGCAUCGAUACAGUGGACAAGAUGGUGAUAACAACAACAGCACGGCCACGAGCUCAGAUGCAGGCGGCGGCUAUCAACACAGUUCUGGCUUACGAGCGAGAGGCCGCCGAGCGGCUCAGGCGCAUGAACCUCAUGAGCGCCGACCUCGAGAUUAGGAAUCAACGAAGGGUCCUCGCUGGGGCGCCUGUGGCUUCCUCCAUGGUCACCGUGACAGACGACUGGUACGAGGAAACGCCUCCUAUGGCUGCUUGACCCUUCCCGGCUUCUCCAGGCGGCGGCAACGAUAGCAAGGAACUCUUGAGCACGACGAGCGAGGGACAUUGCGUACGUGUGAAGAGUGUAAACGGCCACUCAUAUUCUGAGCCUUAGCUAUGAGCUGCUCUGCCUGUGUUAUUUCCGAAGGAGGAGGGUUUUCAGCAGGAGGGGGUCGGCAUAAUACACUUUUUCGCUGACCUGAAAAUUCUGCUUGCUGCAAUCGACAUACAUGCGGUGUCCAUACAAUUCGGUACCCAAGGUAACAAGGCAACCCAAAUUAGCCCAUGAGCUGGUUGAGGUCUUCGGGCGGCCA